CCUGUGGGCGCAGUUCUACUUCCCACGUUUGGGGACGGGAGAGGGACUCUGUCAGAGCACCGUCUGUGUCAGCACCGCUCCAGUUUGGUAGUGAGAAGCCAGAAAAACCAAAUUUUAUUGGGGUGUGUGUGAGGACCAAGCUCUGCCGCCCCGAGGCCCCGCGGCGGGAGGGGCGCGGGCCGCGCUGCCCUCAGGGCCGCCUCAGCUGGCGGGGCAUGGCGGGGACGCACCCACGGGGCUCGGCCUGAGGACGAGCGGCUCUGCCCCAGCCCCGGGCCGUCUGCCCCGCUGCCCCAUGGCCGUGUCUGUGUUCUGCAACUCCUGCCUGUGCGAGCCCCGCGCCCCCACGCCGCGGUUCUGCCUCACCAGCUGCGGCCACGUUUUCUGUGAGGUUUGCCUGCAGAAAGGCAAAAAAGAUGAAUGUUUGGUCUGUAAGAGGGCUUGUCGUACUGUAGUCCUUUCAAAAGAGACAAGUCCUGAUAUUCAAUCACUGUUCAUGCCAAUAGAUGUGUUAAACAAGAAAUACUCAAAAGAAAUAUCACAGGUUUCAGAAUUUCAAGAAAAAUAUCGUAAGCGUUUAUUAAAAUAUCACAAACAAAAGAUAGCAAAGCUGGAAGAGUCUCUCAAGAAAGUAACACAACAAAUUCAACAGAUACAAUGUAUGAAACCUCCUGAAAAAACGACACCAUUUUCCAGUACAAGCAGAAAUCCAUCCAUUCCUUCAAGAAAACAGAAUGUUUAUUCUUCAUAUUCUCUUCAUUCAAGUCGCCCUUCCACUUCUGAAACGACUGAGGCAAUGGAGAUUGAUCCUGUACCUUCACCAAUGAGGAAACUGGAGACACCAACUGGUCCAACAAGAUUAUCAGUAAUAACUCCACCACAGGAUGGACGUAUGGCAGGUAGUGUAUCCUACAGGAGUCCUCAGAUAGCUCUAAUAAGGCCAAGUCAGAGUACUGGAGCAGGAUCUACAAGAUCCACCCCUGUGGUGAGAUUACCACAUAGUGCUUGUCCAUCAUCAUCUGGAUCCCAAAGCAGUCGAAGGGGAUCAUGGGCUAAUUCUGAUUUCAGAACUCCUCAGCUGUACCCAUUUACAUCACCUUCCCCACAGCUGUCUCUGCCUAGGCAGCCAAUCACUAUCUCUGGACUUCUGCAAAGACAACAAGGAUCAACUAAUUUAGGAGGACGUUCAGCAGAGAGAUGAGCAAACAUCUAGGAAUAGCAACUGGAGGCUCUGAAUGAAGGGUGCCAGAAUUUUCUUUUCUGAGAACAACUCUGAAAUUCAUAUGCCCUCCAUCACUGUGUAUGUGGCAAAAUUUUCGUAUGACUGAGUCAUCAAAUGCCUUUGUUUUGUUUUGACUCUAACUUUACCUGGAUUAUUUUAAGUAUAAUAAAACUAAAAGCUGGUAUGUUUUUUGAGAUAAAGUUCCCUGAAUAUAUGAUAAAUUUCUUUUCAGUUGAAAUGUUUUACUUUUCGUAUCACAAGUGAAUGGGAGAGAGAAAACUUAAUGAAAGGUUCAGGAGUUGAAAUGAGAACUGGAAGAGGUCAUUCACCAAAUACCAUCAUGGGCAAACCAGACUCAACUUGAGCAUAUUAAUUGAAUUUAUUAUUAAGAAAAUCACAGCAGGAUAAUGAGAAGUAAAAUAAAUAUUAAGAAAACUUCGCCCCCGCCCCACCCCUCCCUCCUUGCCAGCUCUACCUCCACCCCGAGAAGUGCAUGGAGUCAGAGAAAGGGAGUUACAAUCAGUUCAUCACAGGUUUCUUCCACUGCUCUGGGAGAAGAGUCCUUGCCCUGCUCCAGCAUGGGAAUUUUCAACUUCACAAUUGUCUUAUUUCAAUGUAUAGCUGCCUUUACUUUUUUUUUUUACCAUGGGAAAGUUGGUAGAUUUUCUCCUCCUCAAUAUUCUUAUACUUCAGAGUUUAGCUGGGAUCUCAAAGUCAGCUUCUUUCCAAGCAAACUUCCAGUCAAAAGAUUUAAUUUUACAGUGCCACAAACAUGUUCAAAUAAAGGUGUGUAGUGAAACUCUUAAAAAAUUCAACUCUCCUUUAGUUCCAGAUGAGCUUCAAUAGCUUGAAAAGUGAGACUGGUGAAACAUGAUUGCCAACUUCAACAUUAUUUGUGCCCCAGUAGUUUUCUGUUUGUUUGCAUUCCAAUAAGGGAUUCUCUCUAAUCUCUGUUUCAUCACACUGCAGAAUUGUCAUCCAAGUUUCUGAAGUUGUACUAUAGCUUUUAUACUUGCUGGAAGUUGCAUUCUGCAGUCAGGUGGAAUACUUUGCUUUUAUUGGUUUUGUUUCUCUUCCAUCCCACUCCACAAACCCUCAUCAGUUUCAAAAUUGAGCUUCAUAAAGCUGAAAAUUUAUUUAUAUAAAUGGGCCCUGUCUGAAAGAAUUUGUGUAGGAAAGAGUCGUACAUGCUAGAUCUACAACAGUCACAGUAACAAAGAAUCACCCUGUCAUUCAGAGAUGUGAAUAAAUAUUCACAGAGAACAGAAUGAUUCUUGUUUCCUGCUCACCACAGUUGUUUCCACUCAAAUUCAGUAACCAUCUUCAUGGUUCAGGUAAUCAUCAGUUUACCUUUUCUGUGGUGAAAGCUGGAUACAGGUAGACUGUGUGUUUGUAGCUGUAGGUUGAGAAGAGAACUUGGAACAUGACAUCAAUUAAAAAAUGUAGUAUGGAAAUGAAUAUUUUUAUUAUUUUAUUGCUGCUUUGAACUUGUGUGUCUGGUAGUAUCUUCUACUUAACAUGUAUUACCUAAUCUAUUUGAGCCCGCAGUCUAAUCCCGAAGAAAACAAAUCCAGCAACCCCAUCUUCGGAAAUAUUACAGCUUUGAAAUGCACUUUGAAGAGAAACAAUGUAAUUUGAGAAAGAAAGCAAAGGCACUGGAGCUAUCCAUGCUGAGAAACACCGCUGAAUGACAUCCUCUUGCUUCCCAGUUC